AUGUCUAAUAAUAAUGAAUUGAAUCGAAGCUACGGUUCUAUUAAUAGUGAAAGCAAUACAACGAAUAUAAGCGAUAAUAACAGCAACGGAUGGCUGAGUAAAGCAACUAAUGGUGUCUAUAAUGCCGGCGCCGGAGCUGUCAGUUAUGGUGUGGGAGGGCUGAAGUGGGCCCUCACGUCCACCGCCACUGUCGGCACCGCUGUGUUGAGUGCCGGCGCUGAAGGAGUCGUACAAUUGAAGAAAAGGGCCUCAAAAGACAAAAAUGAGUGAUUUCUGUGACAAACAUCACAUCUAAUUAUUCAACAAAUUCUUUAUUAAUUGUUAUUUUUUAACUCAUUUUCUG